CGGCUAGCUCUAAGAAUAACCCAGGCAGGCAGGGCAGAAUAGCCUGGGUUAAGGUUACCUUGAAGCCUCUGUCCCGUCCUAAGCUUCCUGAUCUACACCAAUCAUGGACAGGGGAAACUUUUAGGCUGGAUCCCGAACUCUCCACUGGCCGGCCCUGGAACUUUUCCCCUCAACUUUUUGCUCUCUUCCUGGACAUUAACUGAACCUCUUCAGAGACCCUGAGACUGUGACCCUUUGAAUUAUUUUAAAUUGUGAUUCUUUAGGGGGAUUUAACAUCCAGUCCAGACACCAGGUGUACUAUAUUUAGGGUCUCUUUGCAUGGUCCCAUCCUCUCCUUGACGAUCAGGACUCAAACAGGAUUAGCCCUGAGGCGCUGCAUGUAUUUUUUUCAACACGACUCUGUUGCUGAAAUUACAUUUUCAAAUCUGCCAUGACUGAGGGAGUCGAAGCGCAAUCCUUCACCACAACCAUGGUCAUUGAGAGCAAAAAUGGAGAGGCAGGACACCCCCCAGCCAGGGUGACCAAGAGGACCGCGACUGACGACCUGUACACCACCUUCAGUUCCCCUAUGGCCUGGAUCCUGGUCGUAGCCCUGGUCAUCACCUGGUCUUGUGUGGCCAUCAUCAUGUUUGACCUGAUGGACUACAAGGGCCUCACAGAUCAUACAUUAUACUGUGACGACCCCUGUUUGCCACCUGGGGUCUCCCCACCUCCCGCUGUCAGGAAAGUAAUUAAGGAUGCAGGAAGGUCUAGAGGAAGCAUUCAGCAUAUCAGCUCGGACCCCAUGAAAGUGGUGAACGAGGCGGUGGAGGAGUCCACUGACUGGGGCAAACUGCUUCUGACCUUUGUCUCCAGCCUGGUAGCACCCGAGGAGGAGGAAAUCGAAGGUGAGCUACAUCCAGUUAAGAAAAAAGCUGCAUUCCUACCGUCCAGAAAACAAGUUGCAGGGAUGUUUGCCGAGGAAAAGGAACCAGUUGCGGAAUUAGAGGAGGAGGAGAAGGAAGAUGAUGUCGAUGAAGUGGAAGAUGAGGAAGAGGAUGAGGAUAUGGAAGAAGUGGAUGAAGAUGAGGAAGGAGAUGAUGAGGAAGAGGAGGAAGAAGAUGAAGAAGAGGAGGAAGAGGAUGAGGAAGCAGCAGCUGAGGCCGAGGUAGAUGAGGAUGAUGAUGAUGGUGAAGCAGAUGAAGAGGACUCUGCUGCAGCGACUGAAAAAGAUGAUGAUGAGGAUGAAGAGGUGGCUUCAGAGGCUGGUGAUGAUGAGGAGGAAGAAGUUCCUUCAGAGGCUGAUAAUGAGGAGGAGGAUGAUGAGGAGGAGGAAGAGGCUGCUCCACAUGCUGAUUAUGAGGAUGAUGAGGAGGAGGAAGAGGCUACUCCACAGGCUGAUCAUGAGGAUGAAGAAGAGGCUGCUCCAGAGGUGGCUGCUGCCGAGGCUGAUGAUGAGGAAGAGGAGGAGGAAGAAGCAGCUGCAGCUGAUGAGGUGGCAUCAGAUGAGGUGGCAGAGGAAAAUGGUGAAGAUGAAGUUGCUGCAGAGGUCAUUGCUGAGAUUGAUGAGGAUGAGGGCCCCAUUCUGAUUGAUGUUGAUGACACAGAGACAGACACUUCUGUUGGAGAUGAUGGAGAGGAGGAUGACACCAUAGCUGAAGCUGAAACUGAAGUAAUUACAGAUGAGGAUGCCAGUGAUGCUGCUGCUGAUGCUUCCACUGAUGAUGAUGAUGGUGAUAAUGAAGAGGAUGAAAAUGCUGUAGCUGGUCCUGCUGCUGCUGACAGUGAUGAAGCUACAGAUGAUGCUCCUGUUUCGACUGCAGAUGAUGAUGAUGAUGAUGUUGAUGAGGAAGAUCAUAGGAUAGAUGUUGACCAAACAGAUGAUGAUACUAAACCCAUUGACCUAGAAGAUGACGAUGAUAAUCUUGCUGAUAGUGAGGAUAUGGAUAUCUCAGACACAUUAGCUGAGGAUACAACUGAUGACUCUACAGAUUUAGAGGACACUGAUGAUGACGAUGAUGGCAAAGUCAGUGAGGACAGUGGUGCCAUCGUUGAUGACGAUGACAAUGACAAAACAGUCGAGGAUUCAGGAGAGACUGUUAGAGAUGUCGCAGACAUUUCUGAUGACACAGAAGACGAUGAUGAUGAUGAUGAGGUGAAGGAUUCAGCUGAAGAGAUCGGCAAAGAAGAUGACGACGAGGAUAAUGAAAUCAUAACCGAAGCCUUUGAUAGCUCAGCACCUGAAGAAGAUGAUCUAUCCAAGGAUGAUGACGAUGAUGAUGAUGACAUUGAUGACCUUCUUUUGACAGAACUAAAGGUCAAGCAAGCUACUCCUCCUGCAGAACAAGCAGUGUGCCCUUGUAUGCAUUCGUCCAAGCCCAAAGAGGCCAAAAGUGAGCCAACGGAGGAGAAAGAGGCAGAGCCCCCUAAAAAGGAACCAGUAGUGAGAGCUAAGAGAGAGCGUGACAUGUGCAGGCCAGUUGACAAGCCAAAAAGGAGAGAGGCUGCAAGGAAAUUGGAAUUAGAAGCGGCGAUCAGGAAGAGAGAACUAAGACUGAAAAAGGAAACGAAGGCCACAAAGGAAGAGUCUCAUCAUGUAGAUGCUGGGGUGCCUGCACCUGCACCUGCGCCAGUUCCCGCCUGUCAACCCACACCAGUCUACUGGCCAUCAUCAUCUCCUGGCUGGUAUUUGCAUCAUAUAUUCACAGACAAUCCAUUUCCACCUACAACUAUGACAGCUCAUCCAGCUCAGCCAUUUUACCAAGCUCCUCCAGCUUAUCAAGCUCCUCCAGUUUAUCAAGCUCCUCCAGCUUAUCAAGUUUAUCAAGCUCCUCCAGUUUAUCAAGCUCCUCCAGCUCAACCAGCACCAGCUCAACCAGCACCAGUACAACCAGCUCAACCAACAGCUCCAGUUCUACCGGCUGAACCAGCACCUGCAACAGCACCUGGACCAGCACCUGGACCUGCACCAGCUCCAUCGACUCAAGAACCACAGGCUCCCGAAGAAAAGGCUGCCUCCACAAAGAAGGUUCCAAAGGAAAAGACUAAGGCAUCUGCCUCAAAGACGGAGUCUCCUAAAGGAAAAGUUAAGACGCAAGAACUUGCGGUGUCCAAAGGGAAGUUCAAACCAGCUGUUGUGAAGAAAGGAGCUGUUGUCUCUGAAGAAAAGGCCAAACCUUCCACGACAAAGAAAGUUUCAGAGGUUGUUGUUUCCAAAGAUAAAGCUAAAACAACAACUGCCAAGAAAGAUCCUGUGGAAAAGGACAAGGACAAAAUAGCUCCUACAAAGAAAGAGCCUGCAAUCUCCAAAGAAAAAGUCAAGCCAACCACUAGCCAGACAACCACACCCUCAACCAAGAAAGUUGUUUUCGAACCCGAGGAGGCCCCUAAAGAGAAAGCCACUCCAAGAGGUAACCACACAAAUGUAGUGGCGCCAAUGGCAAAAGCCACCGGAAGAGUUGUCGCUAUAAGACCCACGUCUACGAGAAAAGCCAAAGCUAAAGCCACACACUCUGUGAAGACGGCCCAGCCCACUAAACCACAUAAAGCUGAGAAGGCUGAGAAGACUAAAAAGACUGAGAAGGCUGAGAAGACCGAGAAGACUAAGAAGACUGAGAAGGCUGAGAAUACUGAGAAGGCUGAGAAGACUAAGAAGACUGAGAAGGCUGAGAAGACUAAGAAGACUGAGAAGACUAAGAAUACUGAGAAGGCUGAGAAUACUGAGAAGGCUGAGAAGGCUGAGAAGACUGAGAAGGCUGAGAAGACUAAAAACACUGAGAAUACUGAGGAGACUGAGAAGACUGAGAAGGCUGAGAAUACUGAGGAGACUGAGAAGGAUGAGAAUACUGAGAAGGCUGAGAAGACUGAGAAGGCUGAGAAGACUGAGAAGACUGAGAAGAAAGCUGUGAAAGAGGCUCAAGAAAAGGAAGUAAAGACCCCUGGUAAAGCAAAGAUUGGGGCAGAAUCUUCUUUAGCUUCUACUCAGGACUAAGAAGAUUCUCAGACUGAGGAGAGUGCCCCGGACAAGAAAAAGACGUCGGGUCAAACAUUCUUGCAGUGUGUUUUUAUUGGUGGAAAGAGUGCCCACUACCCUUUGCUACCUUCCACCCCUGGUGUGACCCCUGUGUCGAUGAGCCCAGCCAUGCAGUCCAUGAUGAUGCAGCAGGUGCAGCAGCAGAAAGCCCGAGCAGUGGGACAGUAGACGAGCUCCUCACCCCUAUGCUGCUCCCUCAUCUCAGUCUGCACUUCAACCUUAACCAGCAGGUGGCGCUGCUUGUAUUUACUGCUGGCCCACUGGCUUCUCAUUGAAAACGGAGGACAAUCAGGAACUAAAGGGGAAGGAUGGAUGGACAGUACAGUAUUAUUUAUUUUUCUAUGACCGGUCGAGCUCCCGUGAGUUUCUAAGCCCCUAAUUUCCUUUCCUUUAGUUGUGGCUUUGCUGCUUUUUCAACACUCUUAGAAAAACGGUUACAAAAGGGAUCUUUGGCUGUCCCAAUAGGAGAACCCUUUUUGGUUCCAGGUAAAACCGUUUUUGGUUCCAAGUAGAACCAUUUUGGGUUCCAAAUAGGACCCUCUGCGGAAAGUGUUCUACAUGGAACCCAAAAGGGUUAUACUUGGAACCAAAAUGGUUCUACCUAGAACCAACAAGGGUUCUUCAAAGGGUUAUUCUAUGGGGACAGCCGAAUAACCCUUUUAGGUUCUAGAUUACACCAUUUUCUAAGAGUGUAGCGCUCAGUGUUGAAUUCUUUGUGAUCUAUGUUUUUCUGUAUUUCUCUGUAUUCUGAUGUAUUUAUUAUGAAAUGAGUGAAGGUUAUGGAUACAUCACCUUCAGCAGCAAAUGGAAUUGAUCAUUUCUGUACAUUUCAACCAAAUGCAAUGUACACAUGCAUAUCAUUUGUAUUUUAGCUGAAGUUCAAUGUACUGUAUAUAAUGUACAUCUUGAUGUUAAAUCUUGUCGUUUACGUUUGUCGAAUGGUUACUUCACACCAUUAUUUGGGUUACAUCACAACAUUCAUCAAGUUAAUGAUUUCAAUACUUGUCUGUACAUUGAUUUUUGGGCCAUACAUCUAUGGCACUCGGAUAUAAAUGGAGUUAGGAGUUUCAUUUCAUGUUUCGAUUCUAUUUUGUUGAAGGAAACUCACUGAAAAUGCUGUGCAAUAACAAAUGAACAAUGUUACUCGCUUUGGCCGAACAUGUCCAUGUUUGUAGGUUUCUGUUGAUGUGUGUCAUACCCUGCUAAUAUUGCACUCUGUGCCUGACCUGUGUCAGAAAAUCCUAAACCAUAUUUUGAGACACUAUUGUAGAAGUUGCGCAUCAAAUCCAGAGUACAAACGAUACUGCAAAUAAACAAUGACCCACUGGGCAAAAACAGGUUGAAUGAACGUUGUUUCCACGUAAUUUCAACCCCCCCCCCCCAAAAAAAAUCGACGUGAAGAUUGUGGAAUCGACGUGGGAAACUGAUUCGAUUAAGUCGUCUACGUAAGGGCAUUUCAUAUUAUUUUCACUCAACUUUUAACCUAAGUCUAAUGACAUGGUGACAUUUGUCGUUAAUUUCAAGUUGAAUUCACGUUAGUUGACAAUUCAACCAAAUGUAAAUGAAAACUAGACGUUGAACUGACGUCUCUGCCCAGUGGGGAAGAUCUUCAGAAAAUAUAUUGUUUUAAUUGUGUGGCUUUGUGCAUCAUAGUUUGGUCAAGAAAGAGGAUAGAUAUUUGUUUUUGCCUAAAAAUGGCCCUAAUAUAUAUUUUAGAUUCAGACAUAAUAUCAUUAGUUAAUGAAAAAAAGUUCAAAUGUAGUCCCCCUUACAAAGAUGACCAGGAGUUUUCACCUACAGUAAACGUAUCCACUCAUUGUCAGACGUUAUAAAAUAUGGUUCACAGGCAUGCUAACACCUACUGUAUACAUCUGCCCAGAUCUACAUACACACAUGAACAUGGCCUUAUCACUCAUCACUUACACUGUGAUGUUGUUUUAUGCAUUGUAUGUUUAAUGUAUUGCUUCCAUGUAAAUAACUGCAUCAGCUUGUAUUUUGCUGCUUGGCAUGUCGGUAAAGGAUUGUGGGAUAUUGAGUAUGGUAGAAUUACUCAUGGGAGCUCCCGUUGUUAACCAGAAGAACCUCUUUCUCGCUCUCACUCUCGC